AUGGGGGGAGUAAUUCUUCAAUGUCCAGCAACCCUCCUAUUCCCCCCUCACAUCCACAUCCUAUUAUCGUGUGACCAAUACCAUCCAAAUCAUUCUUACUUUCAUUUCCCAAAGUUAUCCAUCUACAAGGAGACCUGUAUAGAUCACAUGAUGGCACCAAUGAGGAUGGAGGAGGACCGGAGUCACAUGACUGAGAAGAUACUAAACCUCACCCUGGAGAUCAUCUACCUGCUGACCGGAGAGAGAUUUCCUCUUCUGAAGUCAGGUGAUCAUAUGACCAUCACAGUGCCUCCAUGUGACUCCCUAAAUCGUGAGAGACACAACAUGCAGAAGAUUCUAGAAGUCACCAAGAAGAUGAUGGAGCUGCUGACAGGAGAGGUGAGACGGUGCCGGGAAUUCUGGGACAUUCUCCAGUAACAGACAAGGGAUGUGUCUGGAUGGUGACUGUAUCAUUGUGUGUGUCAGGUUCCUAUAAGAUGGAUCCAGUCAUGGGAACCCACCAGAGAGAUGUCCCCGUCCUCUGUAUUCCCGGGAUUCCACACAGGAAGGUCACACCAUCCCUCACCAUCAUCAGGUAGAUGAUGACAAUUAUUGGAACCCACCAGAGAGAUGUCCCCGUCCUCUGUAUUUCCCGGGAUUCCACACAGGAAGGUCACACCAUCCCUCACUAUUGCAAGGUUGGUGGGAUGGAGAAUCUAGAACAUGGACUCAUAGAGACAAUGUGUGGGAUAUUUUAUGUGAGCUUAUAUUUUACAGAUGAUAUUUUCUCUCAUUUCCUUGAUUUAGAGUGGAGAUCCAAUCGAUAUAGAAUUUGA